GUCCGAAUUAUUGCAAAAUGAGGGCAACGAGGGCCGCCAGAUGGCUCAAUUGCCGUCUGCUAUUCGGCACCCAGCAGCAGAGCUGUGGCAGCCACUUCUUCAACGUCUCCCCCGCUGUCCCGGCCUGGGAGAGCCGACGAGCCUUCAGCCAGACCAAGCGCACCCGCAGUGCUGCGCAAGAUGCUCUCAAGAAGGCCCAGGAGGAUGCUGCGAGCUUGACACCCGAGUAUGUCGCUGCCAACAUGGACCCCGAGGAGGCAAAGCGCCUGUCUCGAGUCCGUAACAUUGGUAUUGCUGCGCACAUCGACAGUGGAAAGACUACCGUCAGUGAGCGAGUUUUGUUCUACACCGGCCGAAUCAAUGCGAUCCACGAGGUGCGAGGCAAGGAUGCUGUCGGCGCCAAGAUGGAUUCUAUGGAACUCGAGAGAGAAAAAGGCAUCACCAUCCAGUCUGCGGCCACCUUCGCCGACUGGAAGAAAACGGAAAACGGCAAAGAGGAAACCUACCACUUCAACCUGAUUGAUACUCCCGGUCACAUCGAUUUCACCAUUGAGGUCGAGCGAGCUCUUCGAGUCCUCGACGGUGCUGUCAUGAUUCUGUGCGCUGUUAGCGGCGUCCAGUCUCAGACCAUCACUGUCGACCGUCAAAUGAAGCGUUACAAUGUCCCCCGAAUCUCCUUCGUCAACAAGAUGGACCGAAUGGGUGCCAACCCCUGGAAGGCCGUCGAGCAGAUCAACACCAAGCUCAAGAUUCCCGCCGCUGCUAUCCAGGUUCCUAUUGGUGCCGAGGACGAGUUCCAAGGCGUCGUCGAUCUUAUCAACAUGCAGGCUAUUUACUUCGAGGGUCCCCGUGGUACCAAGGUUCGCGUCACCGAUCAGAUUCCCGGUCCCCUCCAGGAACUUGUCAAGGAGAAGCGUCAGGCCCUUGUUGAGAAGCUUGCCGAUGUCGACGAUGAGAUUGCCGAACUGUACCUCGACGAGCAGGAGCCCACCAACCAGCAGAUCAAGGAUGCCAUCCGCCGCGCCACCAUUGCCCGAGCUUUCACCCCCGUCAUGAUGGGCUCUGCCCUUGCCGAUAAGGGUGUCCAGCCCAUGCUUGACGCUGUCUGCGAUUUCCUGCCCAACCCUGCCGAUGUCGAGAACACUGGUCUGGACAAGUCUAACGACGAGAAGACUGUGAAGCUGGUUCCCUACAACUCUCUGCCCUUUGUGGGUCUUGCCUUCAAGCUUGAGGAGAACAACUACGGCCAGCUCACCUAUAUCCGAGUCUACCAGGGCAAGCUCACCAAGGGUUCCUACCUGUUCAACUCCCGAACCGAUAAGAAGGUCCGAAUUCCCCGUAUUGUCCGCAUGCACUCCAACGAGAUGGAGGAUGUCUCUGAGGUCGGUGCUGGUGAGAUCUGCGCCGUCUUUGGUGUCGACUGUGCUUCCGGUGACACCUUCACUGAUGGCGGUCUCCCCUACACCAUGUCUUCCAUGUUCGUCCCUGAUGCCGUCAUGUCGCUCUCCAUCAAGCCCAAGCGAACUGGCGACGCCGACAACUUCAGUAAGGCCAUGAACCGAUUCCAGCGUGAGGAUCCUACCUUCCGAGUCCACGUCGACCCUGAGAGUGAGGAGACCAUCAUUUCUGGUAUGGGUGAACUGCACCUUGAGGUUUACGUCGAGCGCCUCAAGCGAGAGUACAAGACCGAGUGCAUCACUGGCCAGCCCCGUGUUGCCUAUCGCGAGACCAUUGCUCGCAAGGCUGACUACGAUUUCCUGCUGAAGCGACAGAGCGGUGGUCCUGGUGACUUUGCUCGUGUUGCUGGUUGGAUCGAGCCUAACGACAAGCCCGACGAGAACCACUACGAGUCUCAGGUCGUUGGUGGCCACAUCCCCGACAAGUUCCUUUCUGCUUGUUCCAAGGGUUUCGAUGUUGCUUGUGAGAAGGGACCUCUCCUGGGCCACAAGGUUAUUGGUGCCAAGAUGAUUGUCAACGAUGGUGCCACCCACGUUACUGAUUCUUCCGAUUACGCCUUCAACCUGGCCACCCAGAUGGCUUUCCGAAAGGCCUUCACCGAGGCUGGUGGCCAGGUCCUCGAGCCCCUGAUGAAGACCACCAUCACCGCCCCCAACGAGUUCCAGGGCAACAUUCUGAUGCUCAUGAACAAGCGUAACGCCACCAUUCACGACACCGAUAUUGGCAGUGAGGACUUCACCCUCAUCUGCGACUGCAGUCUGAACGCCAUGUUUGGCUUCAGCUCCCAGCUGCGCGCUGCCACUCAGGGCAAGGGCGAGUUCAGCAUGGAGUUCAGCCACUAUGCCCCGGCUCCUCCUCAUCUCCAGAAGGAGUUGGUUGCCAAGUACCAGGCCGAGCUUGAGGCCAAGCGAACCAAGUAAAGUGGUUCUUGAGUAAGAGAUAUGAUGGUCGUGCAUCCGAGAUGAUGCAACGGCUAUGGGAGGCACAACGGAUACUGUGCCGUGUUGUAAAAUACAUGUGGAUGAGUGUGUAUGAUCUUGUAACAUAUUACCAUGGAUGCUGAGAGGCUAUUGAUUUGGGACACGAAAAAGUCUAUCACGCACUUAGACGAAUGGUAAAGCUGGAUAGGGAUUACUGCCAUAGAUAGGGAGUGGGAUACAAUGGGUAAAAACCAAGGAGUAUAGAAUAUACAAUCCCCUCUAGACAGAUUCUUGUAAAUGUCUAUUUUUUGGUGUUGAAACUCCUAAACUAGGUGCAUACAAUUGCCCACUACUCACAUUUCUUGGAGCCUAGCAAUAGUAAUCUAACCUAGCUAUCCAACUUUUUUUGGGUAUUCUUACAGACGUCGGAGAAUAUCGGCGACGACCUCCUCGGUGGUAGCCUUGCCACCCAGGUCAGGGCUCAGGAGCUUACCGUCCUCAAGGUUGCCAUCGACAGCGGCGUAGAUCUUGGCAGCAGCCUCCUCCUCGUUGAGGAACUCAAGCAUCAGAGCGGUAGAUCGAAGAGUGGCAAUGGGGUUGGCAAUGCCCUGACCCUGGAUGUCAGGGGCGCUGCCGUGGCAAGGCUCACCAAUGGCGAAGCCCUCACCGACGUUGGCGCUGGGGACGAGACCCAGGCUGCCGACGAGAGCAGCAGCGCCGUCGGAGAGAAUGUCACCGUACAGGUUGGGGGCGACGAUGACGUCGUAGUCCUCGGGCUGGCGGAAGAGCUUGUAGACCAUGGAGUCGACAAUCUGCUCCUCAACGGUGAUGGAGGAGUACUUGGGAUCCGCGAGGGCCCUCUUGGAGGUGGCGCGGAAGAGACCAUCGGUCUGGGACAGAACGUUGGACUUGUGGGUGAUGGUGACAAGAGGAGACUUGUGGAUGCUGGCAGCACCGGCAUCACGGAUCUUCUGACGACGGAGAGCAAUGUCACCAGCCAUGGCAGCGAUGCGGAACGAAGCCUUCUCCGAGAUGCGCUUAAUGGCCUCGGCGACCUUGCCCUCGGGGGUCUCGUGGGUGGUCUCCUGCUUGACGUACAGAUCCUCAGUGUUCUCGCGGACAAUGACCAUAUCGAUGGGCUUGGCGGCUGUCAGGACGGUCUUGACGGGUCGGACGUUGGCGUAGAGGUCGAGCUUCUUGCGCAGGGCGACGAUGGGGCUCGAGUAGCCCUUGACGGCCUGAGUAGGCGAGCUCACGGCUCCGAACAGGGCGCCAUCGCACUCAUUCUUGAGGACCUCGACGGUCUUGUCGGGGAGGGCGGCACCGGUCUGCUCAAAAGCCUCGAAGCCGGCCUUGAGGUCGACAAAGUCAAACUUGAGGCCGAGAGAGGCGGGGAGGGCCUCAAGGAUGCGGCGGCCGGCGGGGAUGACUUCCUUGCCGAUGCCGUCACCGGGGAUGAGGCCGAUUCUGAGGGUUCGGAGGGACAUGGUGGGCGCAAUUGGAG